AUAAUCAAUUUGUAAAAAAGAGAACGAAAUAAAAUAGGCAAUUAUUCACGACUGUAAAAACUAGUGAUAUAAGACUCAAUAAAAUCACAUCUCUGUAAAAUGACGUUUGUUUAUCAAGGAGAUACCGAUUUGGAAGCUAAAGCUAAAAAAGCUGCUGAACGGAUCUCAGAAAACAUGCAUAUCGUAGCGAACGAGCCUUCCCUAGCCCUGUACAGGCUACAAGAGCAUGUGAGGAAGGCCCUGCCGCCCAUGGUGGAGCGCAGAGUCGAAGUCACGAAGUUACAGCAUGAACUGCAGGGGCGGUGCUAUGACGUGGAGUAUGCAUUGAGUGCAGUAAAAUCAAUGGACAGCGCAGCCACCAGCUUCACAAACAUACAGGAAAUGCUCAAACAAUCCAUAUUUCUAAAACAACAACUAAAAUAUGAGGAGGGUAGGAGAAAUAAAAAAGAUUCCAGUUCCGUGUACAAACGUCUCUCGGCACACAUUGUUUUAGAUUUACCCGAUCUUUCUGAGUUCUCAAUGGUUAGGGAGACCACUAACCGGAUAGAAAAUAUGAUGGCGCACGCCAGGGGAUCAUCGGCUGAGUUGCAUAGGUCCCAUACUACAUUGCAUUGAAUUAUGGUGUAGAUCAGUCAUACUCAACCUUUUUUUAUGAGGGCCACAAAGAUG